AUGCAGCCAUUGUGCACGCAUUGCAUAUCAAGUGGCUUGACCGCUGCGGGCUUUUCGGGGUCCAGUAGACACCGAUUCUGCGAGACUCGCUGCUUCGACAAACUAGGAGAAGUGGUGCCUGGCGAUAUCGAGAAAGGCGGAGCUCAGCCUGAGUCGUCCAACGCAGCUCCACCACCUGCAAUCUUUGACCCAAGACAAAAUCCAGACCUCGGCGGCUUCUGCACCCUCUUCUGCUCCUUCGGAUGGAUCAACGCCAUUGCCGUCUUCCAGAACUACUACCAAACGCAUCAAUUGGCAGAGUACUCGCCUAGCACAAUCGCGUGGAUUCCCAGCUUGGAGACGUUUAUGAACUUCUUCCUGGGGCCGGUCGUUGGAGCUAUCCUCGACAGAUAUGGACACAGGUGGUUGCUCAUUGUAGGCACCUUCCUACACGUCUUCGGCCUCAUGAUGACCUCGCUGUGCACGGAAUACUAUCAAUUCAUCCUGGCACAAGGAAUAUGUUCUCCGAUUGGUGUCUGCAUGAUCUUCUUCCCGGCCAUGGCUUCGAUCACGACAUGGUUCUACAAGAAGAGGGCUUUUGCAUUCGGUAUCGUUGCUGCUGGAAGUUCGUUGGGUGGAGUCAUUUUUCCAAUCAUGAUUCAGCGGCUCAUUGAUGACGUUGGAUUCGGUUGGAGCAUGCGGAUCGCGGCGUUCCUGAUCCUGUUCUUGAUGAUCAUCGCGAACCUGACAAUCACCUCGAGGAUGCCGCCCCGGAAGACGCCAUUCAAGCUCAUGGCGUUCAUUGAACCACUGAAGGAGGUUCCCUUCGACCUGACGGCCUUUGGUAGCUUCUUGUUCUUCCUGGGCCUUUUCAUCCCUAUCAACUACAUUAUCACGGAAGCCGUCGAAUAUGGCAUGAGCGAGAACCUCGCCCAAUAUCUCGUCUCGAUUCUCAACGCAGCCUCACUCUUCGGUCGAGUCCUCCCUGGCUACGUUGCAGACAGGAUUGGUCGUUUCAACAUGACUAUAAUCAUGUGCUUCUUCUCGGCUGUAAUCGUGCUGGCCAUGUGGAUUCCCUCGAAAGCCAACGCCCCCAUAAUCGUCUUUGCUGCCCUCUACGGCUUCGGCAGUGGCGCUUUUGUCAGCCUGGCGCCCUCAAUGAUUGCGCAGAUAUCAGAUGUGAGAAAGAUCGGUGUCAGGACGGGUACAUUUUUCGCCACGAUUUCAAUCGCAGCAUUAAUUAGCAAUCCGAUAGGAGGAGCGUUGAUUACUCGUUGGGAUGGGAAGUACACUGGGUUGCAGAUUUUUGCGGGAGUCAUUAUGUUUGCUGGCUCCUGUUUUAUCGCAGCAGCUCGCGUGAGGCUGUCUGGGCCUAAGAUCGUUGAGAAGAUAUGA